AUGGUGGUGGGGAUCGAGCAGAAAGGCGACCCAUCUGUGCAUCCAUGUGUUGCAGCUGCUUGUUUGAAGUCUGGUUUGGUGUCAGGGGUCAGGACCACUUCCUGGUGUGAUCCCCAGGUUCUAUCACCAGACGUUGGUGGUCAGGGUGCAGGCCAUUCUGGUCAUGGUGCUGGAACCACUGUACGUACAUGUGGUUCGUUGAAAAAAGAUGAGUUUAAAGAUUUUACUGUUUAUUGA